AUGGAAAAAGCUUUAAAUACUAUUGAAAAAUCGAUAUAUUUGGUGUUCCUAUUUGUCUUCUGUCUAAUACAAAUAACUAACGAUAUUAAAGCAAAGCUGGAGGGAUAAUAACAAUUUUAUUAAGUGGUUUAAGUUUAAUAUACUUUUUAUAUGUAAUUAUACUUUGGAUAAAAAAUGAAAUAGCACCUACUAUAGGCUCAAAGUAAAAAACUAUUGGUUAUGCUGAAUUUUAAUUAUAAGAAUCUAUGAUUGAAUUAUCUUUGGAAGAUUUCAAUGGAGGUGUUGAUCCUUUUAAGAAAGAGAAUAACAUCAUUACACCAUUAUUAGUUACAUUUAUGAAUACUACUGUUAAAGAAAAACCUAUUCCUUUGUAUUCAGAUAACUAAAAUCCUUAUAGAAUUGAAUUAAGCAAUGUAAACCUUGUGUUAAAUACUUUGGAUUCUUACGAUGAUACAAAAAAAAUCUUGCAAGAUGUUUAGAUGAAUUUCUUAAAGAAGGAAGUUAUUGCGCUGAUGAUAAAAUAAUAAUUGUUAUUUAUUUAGGAUAGAUAAUAUUUCAAUUGUUGA